CACACAAAUUAAAACGUACAGACUGAAAAAGGACGACCAGCUUGGUUAGGCCUAAAAAAAUUGUUUGGUUAGGGUUACAUCCUUUUCAAAAAUAGGCCUUAUUAUGAACGCCCCUUUAUGACGUCCUGAGGAUAAUCAUCAAACAUUUGCCAUUCUUUUUCGGUUACAGUAUGGAUGCAAAUACUGAAUCAUGAACGUUCGGAUUAACGCUGUUUUUAUCUGUUUAUAUAUUUUAUGUUUGGAGUUGGUGACGUCGCUUUCGGGACCACAUGUGUGUUCCAGGAAAGUGCUAAGAUCAUAUAGCGACUACACGUCAUGUGGGUUUUGGGGAUGGGGUCGAUGCCAUAGACGUCGCUACUACUUGGAAACCAAAGAAUUCUGCUGUGAAGACUGGACGGAGGACAACCAUGGCUCCUGUAGUAGACCAAUAUGCAGAGUGCCAUGCCAAAACGGAGGGACGUGCAUUGCUCCAAAUAAAUGCCAGUGUCCUCCUUCCUACGAUGAUGGAAGAUACUGCACCAACGUCCAAUGCUCACAUCUACACCCGUGUUUCCCUGGCUUGUGCACAUCGUCAAGCCGCUGUAGUUGUAUGGAUGGAUGGCAAGGGUCAAACUGCCUGACAUUUACGAACGGAGCGAACAUGCCAAAAUUGCUUUCAUGCGACGUUACUUUGAAAGAUGAUAGAAGAACCGAUUUGAAGAACCUUUUCUACAUGAAUGUGCCGUGUGCUACAUCCAAUGCGCCGAUCUGGAGUAACCAGGAUAAUUUCAAUUAUGUCAACUUUAAACUUAGUGCCAUAUUUGAACCGAUGUCUACGAUUUACCAAUCAGAAACCUAUGUUUCAACAUCAGGUUUCGGAAUCGUCUCAGGCAACGCCCAUAUUGUUCAUAGGAAAGUCAAUAAGGACCAAAGCGGUAAGCCUUUCAUCGCCUACAAUCACACGUUCAGCUGCUCUGAUGUCUCUAACACGAAUCCGUCGUCUGGUUUUAACUGCACCCUUUCACAAAAAGACUACAUAUACAGUAUUGAACAUGGUGACAACUUUACCGUGACGUUUAACGUGAAAAGUGGUGGGUUCCGGAAUCUGCGGAACAUAAACACAAAUAGAUUCUACAACACCAAUGUGUAUGAUGGCCAUACAGUGUCGGAUACUGUGGAGUUUAAAUUUGACUUUGUAGCCCCAAAGCAUUGUUCCGAACCAGACUCCGGAAGAACGUGUAGAUCAGGAGAAGAACCAAUCAGACUCAAUGACGAUUUAACAAAGAAUCCCAUAACACCACGAUGGUCCGGAUGGUUCGACACUCUUUCUGGACUCCUUGAAUACAGACUUGAGGCAUAUCUCCUCGAGCCUAAUAUUCAUGACGAGCUAAUUGAGCUAAAUCCACUGUCUCCUGUUUUCACCUACACUGAAAACAAUACCAACAACGUCGAAUUUCCGACAUUUACUCCUCCGAGGUCGGGGAUGUUUUCCGUCUUACUGACAGCCGUUGAUAUGGCUAGCAAUACAAAGAUUGCAAGGCGCCUUGUGUUGUUUGACGACUCGUCUGAAAUAACAAUUACAAAACCUGGUCUUCUUACGAAAAUGCCGAACCCUGAAGAUGUGGAACAGAUUGUCGUUGGAGACGGGGGGUUAUAUAUAGUCAGUGCUAUAAAGGAAACUGGAUAUUUGUGGCAAACAUCUAGCAAUGAUUCGAAAUCACAGAUUGAAAUCAACUGGGCAAAUCACUUCAAAAAUAAAGUACACGACGAAGGAAAAUUGCUGAAUAAAGUAUUACCUUACCCAACACAAUUCCAAGAUUUGGAAGACGAUGGAAUUCUUAGAAGCAAAAAAUACGUUGCUAUCGAUGACAAUGAAGGAGAUAGAACAUUGAAGGCGAUACCUAGUAAACAUGGACUUGUCAAAUUUGAGCUAAGUCGUGUUUAUACCGACGACAAAGAGAUCCCAACAAAAUGGGAGCCUAUACCAUUGGAGGAGAGCUAUGUAAUAUUUGAGAAACUCAACGAUGGGAGUCACGUUAGGGUUUGGCUGCGUGCGACUGACGUCAUGAACAAUACAGCUGUUGAUUACACUGAAGUUCAUAUUGACAACACACCACCGAGAUUCUUAGACGAGCAUCUUGAGAUGAACAUUAAAAAUGGGACAUAUACGUAUGCAUCGAGAGUUACGUUUCAAGCAUCGGACGAUGGUAGUGGUGUUCAUAAGCUGCAAAUGACGUUUUAUGUCGGAAACAGUUCUAUACCGAAGAAAGUAUACAAUGUUUCAGCAAACAAAAACGACACUGCAGGCAUAUGUGAAAAAGACCCAUCGUGUAACUGUGUUCUGGAUGUGUGUUACCGUGCUCAACAGAUGAUUGAAUUUGACAACUGCUGGUUUCUCGUCCCAAAGGAAGACCUCAACAAAUCGGCCACAUUACAAGUUACCACGUACAACCAGGCUUUGCUUUCAAGAAAAUUCAACUUGACGAUAACACACCUGAAUGCAUUAAAUGGCCUUGAAGAAUAUUCCGGACCAACAAACAUACGAAUUGAAGAGAUAUUGCCAAAUGGAGCCCGCCUUGUAUGGGAUAUACCAGAUACACCUUCAUGCUACGGGAGGGUGGAGAUAGCAUUAGUCGUCUAUCUUGGCAACGGACAAACUAGAGUGAUACAGGUUAACAGCGAACAGAAUUCAGUUGACAUUCUCGGCUUGGACCCAGACAAAGAGUAUAAUGUGUCACUGAAUGUUGGAUACGAGGAGACCGAACUGGCUGCUCUACCAUACGCUUUUAAAACUGCGGAGAAAGAAAAUCAUCUGAGUGUAGGCGUAAUUGUCGGUAUUUUUGUCAGUGUAUUAGUGGUUAUCGCAGUGUUGAUAGCAAUUAUUGUGGUCAUGUAUCGGCGAGGUCAUAUGAAGCCGAUACGACGAGGACUUGAAGCAGUAUCGGUCAGGUAUAGGUCAUCAAUGGCUGGCUUUGUCGUUCGCAGUAAAAACUCUCGGUCUCAUGAUAACUCUAUGUACAUCUACGGUGACAUGGACUACGCAGAUGUUGAUUCUUGGCAACUAGCUCGAAAUGACGUUAGUUUGCAAAGUAUCAUUAAAUCAGGGACGUUUGCUGACAUUUACACGGCGUCCAUCGCAAACAACUGUAACACAGUGAUAGCAAAGGUUCUUAAAAGUGAAUAUUCAAAACAAGACGAACAUCUAAUGAAAGCCAAAAUCAAUUACUUCUCUACCGUCGUUGGCAAGCAUGAAAAUGUAAUCAAGUUUAUUGGAGCAGUUGUCGACGACAUAGUCAUGGGACCGUUCAUCAUAUAUGAAUACUGCUCUAACGGGCAACUUAGUGACUAUCUGCAGACAAUGAAAUCCAACUUGACCUUGGAGUCACAGGAAAUACUAUACAGGUUUGGCCUUGGUGUAGCCCGCGGCAUGGAGUACUUGGCUGGAAAAGAGAUUGUCCAUCGACGACUGGCAGCACGGAAUGUUCUACUCGACAACGCUUUUGAAGUUAAGAUUGCUGGUUUUGGACCCAUGGACGUGGACGAACAGGGUGGAAAACGCGAGCGCAUUCCAAUCAAGUGGAUGGCUCCAGAAUGUUUGAAGACAACAAAGAAUGCGACAGAGAAAAGCGAUGUUUGGUCGUUCGGCGUUGUGUCAUGGGAAAUAUUCUCUGUCGGUGAUGCUCCCUAUGAAAAGAUUGGAGGAAGGGAAAUCCCAGGAAGACUGAAAUCCGGUUACAGGCUUCCAAAACCAGAACUGUGCGAUAAAAAGUGGUAUGACGUAAUGACGCAAUGCUGGAAAGCCGACCCAGAUCAACGCCCGACAUUCAAAGCCAUCAGAGAAGAACUGGAUGAGAUGUUUGUGGCCGCCCCUCAAGACGAUUACUACAUCUAUAGGAAAUAGUGUUUGACGAUCCGAACGAGAGAGAUUGUAUAUAUUUAACAUUACUGUCGAAAUAUGUGGUGUUAUAGAUAUUUGAAAAAAUAUUACAACUGCUUUACUUUGUUUAUUUUAAGAGCCAUAUAAUUAUAAUUGUAAUAUUAUCUGCGUAAAUGAGUAAUGCCAAGGUUGGUUAUUAUGUUAACGAAACGUUGAAUCAAUUGAUUUGGUAUAACAGUGUAAUGAUUUCAAAUUUAGCAAUUUUAAGAUAUAUUUAUUUGAUAUUUUAAAAAAAAAUGAAUGUCAACUUAUGAGGGACGAUAACUUGCGGAAAAUCACAGUGUUACAGUUUCCUCCACGUAACUCAUUUUUGUUGACUGCGUACUGCAUUUAUGAUAUAGAUCAUCGGAACUCCUCGGCCAUUUUUAUCAAUAACAACCUCGGAUGUAUGCCGGUACAUCAGUAAAAGUAGUUCGUAAAAUUUUGAAUUAUAUCAUUAAUGAAAUGUAGUAGUUUAGCUUAUAUUUGUUUAUCUAAGUUUAAAUUGAUUGCCAGUGAAGUGUAGUAUUGCAAACAUAAUUAAGAUUACCAAGAGUUAGGUCAUUAAGUUUAACUGCAAAAUUAAAUUACUACGCGAUCUACUUGCAGCGGACUUAAACAUUAAAAUUUCUGAGUACGCAAACCGUACAUAUACAUCCGAGGUUGUUUUCGAUAAAUAUGGCCGAGGAUCUCCGAAUGGAUGUAGAUAAGCAAUUACACGAAGUAGGAUUUGACAAACCGAACAUUGAAUUGAUUGAAUAUAUUUCACAGAAGUUUUGGUAGACAUUGAAAUUGUAGAAGACAUGUUAUACUUCUUUUAGCUUCUAUUUGCAUGUUUUCAUAUUUACGUUGUCAAUCAAAAACAGUAAUUAAUAUUGACUUUUCAACUAUUGUAUAUAUUUGGUGUUAGACCUAUUAAUUAUUGCCUUGCCUAUUCUCCUUCGUAUAUCUUAUAUCUUUUUUGUUUCAUAUCUAGUACAAUCAUUCAUAAAUUUGUCAAACAGUCAGUCACACACGCACGCACGCACGCACGCACGCACGUACGUACGUACGCACGCAUGCACACACGCACGCACACAACUAUUGAAGAUAUUGUAUAUAGCUAACAGUUUGUUUUUUAUACAUCGAGUAGUUGACAUUUGAUUUUAAGUAGACAUGUACUAUUUCGUAGUUCAUAUAUUAUCAUGGUUUGAUGUGAAAAUAAUAUCAUUUAUGAAGUUGUCAAACAGUACAGAAAAAAACUACUUGACCAUGAUUUAAAUGUUGAAAAUAUUGUAUAUAUCUGACAUUAUUUUGAAAGACAUCUGGUGGUACACAAUUGCAAUUAUAAAAGACCUGUUAUACAUGAUAUAUUAUAAUUUAUCAUUGUUUUAUGUUUAAAUUAUAUCAUUUAUGAAGUUGCCCAACGAUUAAAGAAAGAUUAAGUUGACUCUACAAUAAUUCAAAAUAUUGUAUACAUGUAUACCUGCUAAUUUUCUUUUCAAAAUAAAUUCCACUAACAGUUUAUUUAUAUAAAUGCAAACACAACAUAAAUUGUAACCGUACAUUCUGAUGGAAUUAUCAUUGUAUUCAUGAUAUACAUGUGUGUUUGUGUCUUUAUAUAUGUAAUCGCAUUUUAUUGUUAAAAUCUUAAAAUUAAAUUACUCCUCUGAAUGGAUGAUCAUCAUAAUAGUUUUCGUUUGUUUAUAUUGUUU